CAAAUCCGGAAAAGCCAAGUAGCCAAGCCAACGAAGUGCGUGAAUGCAGACCGCGUGAAGGACUCCAUCGACAAUCAGUGCAGCGGGACUCCAGACCGCCGGAGACUUCCCGCCGAGCCCUCCGCCCACCGUCCCCGCCGCCUGUAGUCGACAGUUCGGCCCUUCCGCUUCCCGCCGUCCCCGCAGUCAGUUUUUUCCAUAUUUGCCCUUCGUAAUAAGCUUAACGAUUUGGCAUGCCAUUGUUUCCAUUAAUAAAAAAGUGACGGAAAAAGUUUAUGAACAUUUGGUACAAUCUGAAGUCGAGUCUCGUCUCCUUUUGCUAUCCAUACACCCUUUCUUAACAAUUAUUGUCGAAAACUUUUGACUAUGGGUGUUAUGUUAUCUUAAUUAAUCAUUCUCUUGGCAUCAUACUUCUUUCUUCUUUACUUUACAGCUAGAACGGCACACAAUCUCAGCUCCAGUGUCCGUCUCACCGUCCUUCCAUCCACGUCCACAUAUAUAUAGGUUCGGCAUCGCCCCCUCCUCUUUCGUUUCGUCUGGUUUGACAACACCUAUCUGUAUAGUUUACCAUGUUUUAAGUUUAUUUGAUGUCAAUUUCCUAAAUUGUUUCAUGUAUUUGAUUUAUCUGUAUUUUGAUGAGAACGGCCGCUGCUCAACGAAGAGAGAAAGCUAAAUGAUCGAUUGGUCGAUUGACACUUAUUUCAGACAGCUAGAAACUGAUGGGUCACCACCCUAGUUUGUUGGAAUCACUGAAUGUGCGAGUUGUGGGCACCGGCGACAAAAUCCUCGUCUUAGCCCACGGCUCUGGCACUGACCAGUCGGCGUGGCGGUCUAUUUUCCCUCACUUUGUACGGAACCACCGUAUCAUCCUCUUCGACCUCGCUUGCGCUGGCAGCGUCAACCCCGACUGUUUUGACUUCCGGCGGUACACAACUCUCGACGCGUACGCUGAUGACCUCAUCAACAUUCUCGACCUUCUUCAGAUCGAGCAGUGCGCCUACGUCGGCCACUCUGUCUCCGCCAUGAUUGGAAUCCUCGCUGCCAUUCGCCGCCCUGAUCUAUUCUCCAAGCUCAUCCUCAUUGGCGCUUCCCCAAGGUUCUCGAACGACGAGGACUACCAUGGAGGAUUUGAGCGAGAAGAGGUGAUGGAAGUGUUCUCCGCAAUGCAAGAGAAUUACGAGGCAUGGGUGAGGGGGUUUGCUCCGCUGGCGGUGGGAGCGGAUGUACCUGCGGCAGUGCAAGAGUUCACCCGGACACUAUUCAACAUGCGGCCGGACAUCACGCUGUUUGUGUCCCAGACGGUGUUCAACAGCGACCUGAGGGGGGUUUUGGGCCUGGUGAAGUGUCCCUCCCACAUCAUUCAGACAGCAAAGGAUGCGUCGGUGCCUGCGUCGGUGGCGACGUACCUGAAGAACCACCUUGGAGGGCGGAACACGGUGCACCUCCUGCCCAUAGAGGGGCACUUGCCGCACCUGUCUGCGCCGGGGAUGCUGGCCCAGGUCAUAAGGCAAGCUCUCGCCUCCGGACUGGGAAGUGAGUAGUUGUUGGGCCCGUGGGCUGCGGCCCGUAAGCUUGCUGUUUAUUUCGGAGGAGAAACGAAUAAUGGGCAUGUGGUCUACUUUGAUCUAUAUAAUCCUUCGAGUAAUAAUAGUGUUACUCCAUACGUUUUACUUGAUCUGUAUAUCAUACUAGUACUACGUAUGUUUUACUUGCAAAGUCACAAACUAACUCUUGUUUUUCUCAUGUCAAUUAAAAAAUACCUUUUCUGACUAGAAUAUACUCGAUAGUACUCCAUAUGACCAUAUGUUUAGCUCGUGCUUGAAUUAUAUAUUAAGUGCUUGAUUAAUUAAUAA